CGCUUCGCCACCCGCCGCCGGGCCACUGGAUUGGUUGUCGUUGCUGGUUUUGGUUCUUGUGGACAAUCGUUUGAGCCCAUGCCAUCGCCAUCGCCGCCGUCGCUGCCGUGGACCGCAGUCUCUUGCACGGGAAUGAAGUUGCUCGAUCCGCGGUCACGUCGCCGCGCUGCUCCGACUUUCUGGCCUGUUCCAUAAUACUGUGCGUCGCCUAUGUUUGCCGUCUCAAGGUAACAACGCAGCUUUCGACCCUGAUGAGGCCUACACGUGUGUACGGACAGUGGCCAACAUCAGCACGCGUCUAGAUCCGCCGCUCACGAUCAUCAUCGCGGGGAGUAGACCCCGGCGCCGUUUCAUACUAGGCGGACCAAAUUUCGUGGGAGGCAUUCCGCGACAUCGCACACGACGAGAUCACCUCGUAUUGCUCGUGAGGCAUACUCCCACAACCAGCAUCCUGGCAACAACCUCGACAGAACCACACAUGGUCUCUCAUCCGCCCUCAGCAUACGGACAGGCUUCCGCCCCACCGCUGGCCCCAUCUGCACCACCUGCGCACCACCGCGCAUCCUCGGUAACGUCAGGGCGAUCGGCAACGAGGCGACAUCGACAUGCGCGCACUCACCAUGGUGGGCCUGGGUCAUACCUCCCACAGAACGAGUUCCCAGUCUUCACACAUACGGGAGAUGUCGAGAUCAUAAUCAGUAACCAUAGUGGUCGCAAACAAAAUCGCUACCUGUUACAUCGCCUCAUUCUAGGACAGUGUUCGGGUUUCUUCCAGGCAGGUACCCGGGCUGAAUGGAGUGGUCACAUACCUGAUGAUGGCAGCAUCAGAGCGGGAGGCAGUCUGGGCCGGAUCAAUGAGAAUGAGAGUGUGACAAUCGGGAGUGGAUCUAGGGCUAGCAGCCAAGAUCGAGCAUCAUCGUCAGAUCCCAUGCGCCGUAGAUGGCACUACACACUGGAUUGGAACAAUGCUGCAGAGGAUGACAUGCCCAUGCUCGUCCAAAAAGAGCCAACAGCUGGAUCGAUCUUUGGCGACACCGAUCAGCCGCCGCCCGUGCGGAGCAAGCCUCCAGCAUCGAACGAAAGCUUCUUCCGCAACAUCACGCAUCUUUCCAGUCUCCACCUGAACGACCGACCGCGGACGGAUGCAGCUCCUGAGCCUGGUGACGAAAUCUUCAAAGACUACGACAACCUCUUUCGGACAAUGUACCAAUUUGCACCAUCGCUUGACGCGGUCAAUAUCGCCUCGGCAUACACAGAAUGCAAAGCGCUUUUGCACCUCGCUGACAUGUAUGAUGCGCUUGAAAUCGUCGGCAGCCGUGUAGAUCAUCAUAUGCUGCGGUUUGGAGCGCGGUUGUUCAAGCAAAUUGCCAAGUAUCCGCCAUCGUAUUUGAAGUUGGCAUACCUCGCGAAAUCACGAACGAUCUUCGCCGAAGCGAUGAUUCAUGUUGUUGGUCAGUGGCCGCUGGCGGCGCCGCAACUGCGUGGACAAGUUGACGCUCAUGUGAUGGAGCUCAUCGAGGACAAGGUCGAUGAACUACGGGAGAUGGAGGAGAAAGUCGAGUCACGGCUGUGGAGACUAAAUAUUACGACGCGCGCAGGUGAGCGUGUCACACCAGGCAAUGACUUCCUGAGCUGGCUCGCAGUCUCGUUCUUUCGACAAUGGUACGCAGAAAACACUACUCCUCCUCUCUCCGGCAUCCUCAAAGACACCACUUCCGGCGCGAGUGGAACUCGGCCAGAUAGCAGUCACACUCAACAAGCCUCCGCUCGCGCAAUAAGUCGGAGCAGUAGCCACAAUCACGCUGCCAGCCAACGUGUACCUCCACCCCAAUCUCCAUCCGCCCCAGUCGCUAUGGGCCGAGUGUACAGGCAGCUCGGCUCCUCUGACCCCAGCGCCUAUCUCUCCCGGGAUGACCUCAAGCGCUUCCUCAAGUCCCCCAGCCCGCAACUCGGCGGUGGCGAGCUCCUCUACAAUCGCGAUAAUCUGCGGCGUUUCGAGCGCCGCAUCGACGACAUCAAGGCCCUCGCGCGCGACGCCGUCCGUCCGCUCAUGCGCAACCACCUGGAGCUGGAUCUCCGGGAUUUAGCCGCGCCGGCCGCUGGUGGUAUUGGCGGUGGACUGGGCUAUCUUACCUGUACGAAGAUCGAGGAGCGAGAUUUUCCGUGGCAGGAGUGACGGGUGGUUUGAUGGAAACCACUCUGUGACGGGUUGCGGCUUUUAUUUUUCCUCUCUCUCGGUCCUUGAGAUUAUUUUGUGCAUAUGUAUAUGUUGCAUUGUUGGUCGCUUUUUGUUGGUUAUUAUACCCCUGCUG